AUGCCGCGGAGGCCGCUGAGGCUGCAGGUGAGGCCGUCCACGCUGCGCAGCGCAGUGCGAUGGAACUCGACAUCAACGACAACGGCUGCAGAAGGGUCUGCACCGUUCACGCCAGGAAGCGAACAGUACAAGGGCUACACAAAGUACGUGCUCGACAAGCGGAACAACCCGACGCCGAUCCUGUCGAACGAGGAGCUCAGCGAGCGGAUCAGCCGGAUCCCGCUGAAAAACUACCGGAACUUCAUCAUCGUGGCCCACAUCGACCACGGCAAGUCGACGCUGAGUGACCGGCUGCUUGAAAUCACCGGAGUGGUGAACCCGACGGUGGACAACAAGCAGGUGUUGGACAAGCUCGACGUGGAGAGGGAGCGGGGGAUCACGGUGAAGGCGCAGACGGUGUCGAUGAUCUACCACUACCGCGGGGAAGACUACAUGCUGCACUUGGUGGACUCGCCGGGCCACGUAGACUUUCGCUUGGAGGUGAUCCGGUCGUACGCGUCAUGCCAGGGGGCGCUGCUGCUAGUCGACGCCAGCGAGGGCAUCAAGGCGCAGACGGUGGCGAACUUCUACCUCGCGUACUCGAUGAACUUGCACUUGAUUCCCGUGAUCAACAAGAUCGACCUCGACACGGCAGACGUCCCGCGGGCAGAGGACCAGAUCGAGGAGACGUUUGAGCUCUUGCGAGACGACAUCGUGCACGUGAGUGCGAAGACCGGGUUCAACGUUGAGUACCUCCUGCCCAAGAUCAUCGAGGACGUGCCGGCGCCGCCGGCGGAGAAGUACAACCGGGAGCUGCCGCUGCGGGCGCAGGUGGUGGACUCAUGGUACGACCCUUACGUGGGUGUGAUCAUGCUUGUGAACGUGGUGGACGGAAGCCUGAAGAAGGGGGACAAGGUGGAGUUCUGCAAGACGAGCGAGCGGUACGAGGUGAAGGAGGUGGGUGUCAUGUAUCCGGACAGACGGCCGCUGCCGCUGCUCGUUGCCGGGCAGGUGGCGUACGUGAUCCCCGGGUUCAAGGACCCGAACAACGUGUUUGUGGGCGACACUUUGCGGAAAGUGGGCAGCGCCGUGGAGCCGUUGCCCGGGUUCGAGGAGCCCAAGCCAAUGGUGUUCGUCGGGGCGUUCCCGGCGGACGGCACGGACUUCAAGAAGAUGGAGGAAAGCCUCCAGCACUUGUUUCUCAACGACCGGUCGGUGGUGUUCCAGCGGACGACGUCCAACGCGCUCGGCCAGGGCUGGAAGCUCGGCUUCUUGGGCUCGUUGCACGCCUCCAUCUUCAAGGACCGGCUCGAGAAGGAGCACGGCAAGAACCUCAUCAUCACCGCGCCGACUGUGCCGUACAAGGUCGCCUUCAAGGGCGGCCGCGAGAAGAUCAUCUCGAACCCGGACGACUUCCCCGACGGCACCAAGAAGAGCAGCGUGGUGCAGCUCUCCGAGCCCUACGUGGAAGCCCUCAUGACCUUCCCCAAGGAGUACACCGGCGCGGUCAUGACGCUCUGCGAGAACAACCGCGGCCAGCAGAAGGAGCUGCAGUACCUCAGCAACGGCCAGACCCUCAUGAAGUACGACAUCCCCACCGCCCACCUCAUCGACGACUUCUUCGGCAAGCUCAAGGGCGUCACCCGCGGCUACGCCUCCCUCGACUACGACGACGCAGGCUACAAGCCGAGCGACAUCUACAAGAUGGAGCUGCUCCAGUUCGAGGUCGUCAUCCAGGCCCGUGCCAACGGCCGUGUCGUUGCCCGUGAAACCAUCAAGGCCCGCCGCAAGGACGUGCUUGCCAAGCUCCACGCGAGUGAUAUCAGCCGACGCAAAAAGCUUCUCUCCAAGCAGAAGGAGGGUAAGAAGCACAUGAAGAGCGUAGGCCAGGUCCACAUUGCCAACGACGCCUUCCAGGCUUUUCUCCGCCGCGAGUGA